AUGCAGUCCUCGUCAUCAGAAGGUAUUUAUGCUUCUUUACAGACACUGCCUUGCUGUUUUUCUCCUGUCCAAAGCCCUCAUGAGCCGCGGGCAGGGGACUCUCCCAACUCUCAGCCAACCGUGAACCAAGGCCAAGAGCUUACACAUUUACUUGAACCGCAGCUACAGCAUUUGUGGGAUUUCCCGAGUGAGCUGGAUGGCAUUGAAGGGCUCGAUUCCCUCUCGGACCUGGGUUUCUUCGGCGACGGAGAGGAUCUUCAAGCUGCUUUAGACAGAUUUACGGCUGUGAACGGAGUUGACGAUGGAAUCACCGGCAACCAGCUACAAUACGCUACCUCGUUGGACGGCGAUACAACCCCAGCAGCAGGAAAAACAAGCACGCAUGGCGGUCAACUGCCAACAGACGAGCAUGCAGACACCUUGACGGUGGGACCGCUGGGAGACGGUAAGCAUAUGCUCAAACGGCCUUUUAAUAACAUAGAUGAUGCUACGAGUAGCGUUAUCGAUGAUGUCUGUGGAACUUUUAAAAGACAAUGCACACCGGCCAAGGCCCUUGAAACCCUUACAGCCGAAGGAGUCCUUUCAUCUACCAUUGAUACUACUUCUCCCUCUCAUACCGGCGACGGGUUGAUAAAUCCCUCUCAACAAGGAUCAAAUCCCUCUGUACUCUUCUCACAAGACAGAUCAAGUGGGGAAGAGAAUGUACCGCCGAAUAUAACCGUGGAGCAUACCCGGGCUUCAUCACCAGUCCAAUGUACAGCGGAUGAGAUUGCUCGAGGAGAACGUGAAUCAUCAGUUGACUCCUUGUUCGACGACGACUUUGACAUUCUAAAUAAAACUGCUCCGCCACCAGCUCCAGCCCAUCAGCCUUUAUCUCUGCCUGGCACUAUCCGUCAUACUCUUCCCUCCUCAAUCUUAUCGCCUCCGGAAUCCCCUCCCACUAUCGAGGAACCGGCCUCCUUCAAGCCAUGGGUACGAAAACCGGUGUCAGAAAUCAUAAAAAAGUACAACAGUAUCGGAAACCAAGACCUGCUGAAUUCCAUGUACAGGCAGGUUUUCACUACGCCCUGCAAUGCAGAGAAAUAUAUUUCGCCGUAUCCUCGCAUGGGCGGACCCCUUGGUUACCUCCCUUCGACCCCGGUUGCCCACGUGAAAUGUGUUGAAGUGGCAGACAGCACUGUUAGUGACAGAAUCAAUCAGUACCGCAAAAUAGCCCAGAAAAUGAGAUAUGAGCGAGAUAAAAAUGCCUGGCUUGCUGCGCAGUGGAAUGGCAUUGAUCCGGUGACAGGAAAGUCAAAAGCGCAACUGAUGAGGGAAGAAUGUACCCUUUUAAAACGCUCAAUAACUUUCAAAAACAAGGCGAUCGAAGAAGCCACGGCCGAGGCUGAACGCUGGCGUAUUAAAUUUAGAAACCUCGAGGCUGCCCAUCUCAACCUCCAGACUCAAUACCAUGCGGCAAUCGCCAUCGCGUCCAAGGCUACAGCGGCAACCCUUGGUUCCCGUCAAACACCCUCCAAACCUACAGCCAUACCUUCGGGGCCGGCUAGGAUCGAUCUUACUGCUGAAGAACCAGCAAUCGCGGGGCCUGCCGUGUCCGCCUUGAGCCGUAUGCGCAUGAAAAAAUACAGCUGGCUGGACAACAGUCGGCCUUGCCAAACACCCCAACGCGCGCCCUCAUCUACUGAGAAUGAACCUGAAUGCGAGCAAGAUGACAAUGAUGGGCUCGGCGAGAUGCUUGCACAGGAACUUGAAGCUUCUAAUUAG